AUGGGGUUGGUGAGCAGUUUCCUCGGGGUUAUCGGUUUUGCUAUUGGAAUACCUCUUGGCCUCAUUGUGGGCUUUUUUCUCUUUGUCUACUCGGAAACCAAACAUGUCAAGGACCCAGUUGUUAGGCCAAUUAGUGAAUUGGGCCCAAUUGCUUUGGGGGAACUUCUACCAGAGAUUCCUCUCUGGGUGAAGACGCCUGAAUAUGAACGAGUUGAUUGGAUGAACAAGUUUUUGUUGGAUAUGUGGCCUUUCUUAGACACGGCAAUUUGUAAGAUUAUUAGAAGCACGGCACAGCCGAUAUUUGCUGAAUACAUUGGGAAGUAUCAGAUCAAAGCGAUUGAGUUUGACAAGUUAAGUCUUGGUACUCUUCCUCCUACUGUCUGCGGUAUUAAAGUUCUAGAAACAAAUGAAAAGGAAUUGGUCAUGGAACAAGUUAUCAAAUGGGCUGGCAAUCCGAACAUCGUGUUGUCCUUGUAUGUGUCAUCUUUGAAGAUCACCGUUCAGUUGGUGGACUUACAAAUAUUUGCAGCACCACGUAUAACUUUAAGACCUUUGGUGCCUACAUUUCCAUGUUUUGCAAAUAUUGUGGUAUCUUUGUUGGAGAAGCCUCAUGUGGAUUUUGGGAUAAGAGUAUUUGGAGGGGACAUCAUGUCAAUACCUGGUCUCUAUAGAUUUGUACAGGGAAUAAUACAAAAACAAGUUGCAAAUCUCUAUCUCUGGCCUCGAACCCUGGAAAUUCCUAUUCUUGAUGAAUCAACGGUAGCAAUACAGAAGCCUGUGGGGAUAUUACAUGUGAAUGUGGUUCGUGCACAAAAGCUUUUGAAGAUGGAUUUGCUGGGAACUUCUGAUCCUUAUGUUAAACUAAGUCUGACAGGAGACAAACUUCCUGCAAAGAAAACCACUGUCAAGAGAAAGAAUUUGAAUCCUGAGUGGAAUGAGAAGUUCAAGAUUGUUGUAAAGGACCCUCAAUCACAAGUUCUUCAAUUACAAGUUUAUGACUGGGACAAGGUUGGUGGACAUGACAAGCUGGGAAUGCAGUUGGUCCCUCUCAAGCUGCUUAAGCCGUACGAGAAUAAAGAAUUUACACUGGAUUUACUGAAGGACACAAAUAUCAACGAAACUCCACAUAAAAAGCCUAGAGGGAAAAUUGUGGUGGACUUGACUUUUGUUCCUUUCAGAGAAGAUAGCAGCAAGUUUGGUGGACCUUGGGAAGGAUAUAGCAGGAAGGAAAGUGGAAUUGAUAGCGUAUCCGAUGAUGAGGUUCAAGAAGGAGCAGGUUUGCUUUCAAUUCUGAUAAUAGAGGCUGAAGAGGUUGAGGGGAAUCAUCACAACAACCCAUAUGCAGUGCUGACCUUUAGAGGGGAAAAGAAAAGAACUAAGAUGAUGAGGAAAACUCGUCACCCGCGUUGGAAUGAAGAAUUCCAAUUCAUGCUUGAAGAGCCUCCUCAACAUGAGAAGAUACACAUUGAGGUCCUGAGCAAGAGGAAGAACUUUAGUUUUCUGUCAAAGGAAACACUGGGGCAUGUGGAGAUUAACCUUAGGGAUGUGGUGCACAAUGGUCGCAUUAAUGACAAAUACAAUCUAAUAAAUUCAAGGAAUGGAGUGAUGCAUGUUGAGAUAAGAUGGAAGGUGGUUUAA